GCGUUCUCCUCCUCCCUGCAGGAGCUCCAGGUGCGUCACUUGGGCAGAAGCUUUCCAGCAUUCCACCGUCAUUCCUUGCUGAGACAACGACUGGGCAGACGUACCCACUUUGGGCUGAGAGACAGGAACUGGAGGAUAGAUUAAGUGGUGAAGCCCAUUUGCCCUGUUCAGACGAUGGAAACGGGGAGUGCAGCAAGGACAAAUGGUACCACUGGGAAGCCAGAGGAUGUGAAGAGUCCAUCUGCCCCCAAGAAGGAAGAAGAAGUGAAGAAGAAUACAAACUCUAGUGGAGGCGAGAAGGAAGCUCUGAAGGGCACUGGCAGUGCAUCUUUGGAGACAGGGCAAAUCAAGAGCUCUCUCUUUUCCGGCAGUGACUGGAAGAGGCCCAUCAUUCAGUUUGUGGAGUCAUCUGACGAGAAGAGAUCGACCUACUUCAGCAUGGAUUCGGCAGAUUCAAAGAAGAUGCAAUAUGCCAGCGGACAGAUAGGAGAUAUGAGGAGACCACCGCUCUCCUUUGCAGAGAAAGGCGAUCUCAGGAAGUCCCUCUUCAAUUUGGAUUCCAAAAAGAGCUUCCUGCCUAGUGAAGGGGAAGGGAGGAAGUCAUUGUUCUCUGGGGGGCAGAUGGGGGACCUGAAGAAAACUUCCCUCCCUCUGGUAGAGACAGGGGACCUGAGAAGAUCCACCUUCAACAAGCCUGACCGGGCAGCUGGGUCACGGCCCAGGGUGAAGCUUGAGGAUGUUCUGUGUGAUUCCUGCAUUGAUAACAAGCAAAAGGCCGUGAAGUCUUGUUUGGUGUGCCAGGCUUCCUUCUGUGAGCUGCACCUCAAGCCCCAUCUGGAGGGAGCAGCUUUCCGGGACCACCAGCUCCUGGACCCCAUCAGGGACUUUGAAGCAAGAAAAUGCCCUGUGCAUGGGAAGACCAUGGAGCUGUUCUGUCAGACAGACCAGAUGUGCAUCUGCUACCUCUGCAUGUUCCAAGAGCACAAGAACCACAGCACAGUGACAGUGGAGAUCGAGAAAGCAGGAAAAGAGGCUGAGCUUUCACUGCAGAAAGAGCAACUGCAGCUGAAGAUCAUUGAGGUAGAAGAUGAAAUCGAUAAGUGGCAGAAGGAGAGAGACCGUAUCAAGAACUACACCACCAAUGAGAAAGCAACAGUGGACCAGCAUUUCAAAGAGCUGAUCCGUGACCUGGAGAGACAGAGGGAUGAAGUGAAGGCUGCCCUGGAUCAGAGGGAAAAGAUUGCAUCAGAGAAUGUGAAAGAAAUCGUGGAUGAGCUGGAAGAGAGGGCAAAGCUUCUGCGGGAAGACAAGGAGCACAGGGAGCAGAUCCACCAGAUCAGUGACUCCGUGCUCUUCCUGCAGGAGUUUGGGGCUUUGAUGCGGAAUUACGUCCCCCCUCCAUCUCUUCCAACAUACAGUGUGCUGCUCGAAGGGGAGAGUAUGAGCCCAUCUAUGGGACUGCUCAGAGAUGACCUCCUAAAUGUUUGCAUGAGGCACGUGGAGAAGAUCUGCAAGGCAGACCUUGGCCGCAACUUCAUAGAGAGGAACCACAUGGAGAAUGGUGACCACCGGUACAUGAUGAACAACUAUGAGUGGAACCAGCCCGACAACUUGAAGAGAUUUUCCAUGUUCCUGUCUCCCAAAGCCAGUUUCAACCCACGAUCAUGGGAAUUUUCCUCCUUCCAAGCGACUGAGGAAACACUUGUUGGCAAUGGUACUAAGCUGCCUUUUCAAUUCUCCUCGGUGGGACAGAAUCCGCCCGGUGACUUCAGCAAACAGUCUGAUGGGAGCCUCUUCACUAAGACCGCUUAUCCUUCAAUAGUGAGACAUCAGUCUGCAAAGGUGACACCACAGACAUGGAAAUCCUCUAAGCAGUCUGUCUUGUCACAUUACCGCCCCUUUUACGUCAACAAAGGCAAUGGAGCCACUUCCAACGAGGCACCUUGAUUCCUGAAGAUUUAGGGAAGAGCUGGCAGCACUUGGAGUGAAGACUCAGCUGCGGAUUUUCAUGGAUGUACCUGCUACUAUAUUAACCUUACUGCUCUAAUCUCUGCCAGGGAGAGGGAAGGUGCAGAAGGGAAUAGCCUUUACUGGAGGAAACAAAGACUUUUUCCAAAUCACCUAAUCGCCUUGAAAGCUCUGCAGGCCUUAACAACGUAACCCCAUCCUCUGCUGUCACCUCCUAAUUCCCUCUCUGUCAAUGCCCUUCCCUUUGCUUCUGCAGAGCAAGCUGCUCUGCUUCUCCCGGGAAGCAUGCAUGCUUGGGUAGCAACCCCUCUACUGUACCAGUUGUCCCCUUGUCCUAAGCGUGUUUAUAUGACCAUAGCCAUUAAGUUCUGAUGAAGGUCCCAAGCUGGGGGGGAGCCCAAAGGUCUUCCUGGAAUGAAGAGGCCCCAGCCAGCCACUGGGACAGGCUAAAGCUCUUCCCUUGCCGCUCUAGCCUGUCACUCGGAAACAGGGAAACAGCUAUCAAUGGCAUCAGGUCCAGUGCUGCCACCUCCCCAAGACCCCUGCACACUCCCCCCAGCCUAUGCCAGUGGCAGCACACUUCCUUAGAGCCCUCCUUUAGCUCAGCUCUGCUCCUGCUGCCUUUCAAAAAGCCAUCCAAGAGGACCUAUUCAGAGCUGCUACAGCCCAAGGCCAGCUACUGGUGGAGGGCAGAAAGACUUUCUAUCCCAUUAAAGUACCCCCCCAGCCACCUUUUUAAAUUAAGGAAUAAAAAAAGAAAAUCCAUCCUACUAACAUAAGAUUGAUUAGAUGCCAUAGGUGGUGGGUGCUUUUUCAUUUUGUGUUGGCUUUUUUUUAAUUCCCCUAAACCAAAAUUGAUUAAUUCAUUGUGUUUCAGGGGUUGGUUUUGGUUUUGUUUUUUGCAAUGGGCAAUGAGAAUUAGUACCAUAGCUUUUUGCUCAGGAUAGCAUUUUUUAUUUGUCCUCCGGAUAGACAAAUCACAUCAGCAGCCAGCCUGCAAACCAGGCAAGGCUGGUUGAGCUUUCCAUGAUCUCACUGAGAUUAUUUUCCUUCCCCUUGGAUGAAGCUGAGAGGUUCGGUCCAUGCUGUGCAGAAACCUCCCCAGGCCAGUCGCUGGGAGCAGAUGGCCCAUUGCAGGAUCAGAGCCCUCAAACAGUGAUGAGCAGCUGCCAGAGAAACAAGACCUUACAGCUACUUUUCACCGUUUGCUCUGUUCAAGCAGUUUUUGGAAUGGCUUCCCCCCACCUUUCCUGCCCCCAAAUGCUUGCGAUACCUUGCUGAGAGGUCACACCUAUUCACUCCCUGAAGAUGACUUUCUUCCUGGGCAAAGAUAGUGCUUUUUAGUGCGACACCUCAGACAAAACUUGGUUGCUCCAGAAUACCUGAAAUGGCACUUGUUAUAACUACUUUUUUUCCCAAAUGACCAGCGGGGAAGGGGAUAGCAUGGCAGGGAAGGAUGUGAAGAAAAGGAAACUGAGAUAGAGUUGCUAGGAAAUACACUGAAGGGUUUGAGUAUGUUUGUGAAAGGAUAAAAUAAGCCCUCCCCAGAUCUCACCGUUUGUUUUGCCCCUGAGCAGGCAUCCAGUAAGCACUUGUGUCCCUUAUGUCCCAGUAAAACCUUCUACCACCUCCUUUGAUUUUCCAAAAUGUGGGUGUGAUCCCUCCCUCCUCUUCCAAAACUUGGAUAGUAAAAUCCAACCCUUCUUUCCUGCCCUAUAGAAGGCUUGUUGCGGUGUCAGAUGGGGGCUGCACUGCCCCUCGCCUAGCACACAAAUGGAAGAGUGUCCCUUCGUCCCACUGUCCCAUCCCUACAGCCUGUUUGCUCCUUGUCCUCUCCUCACUUCAAGGGCCUCACUCAGACCACACACACAUGACUUUCCACACUGGCACACUCCGGCAACAGGAACGGAGCUGCUCCCCACUUGUGUUAGCCCAGGAGGAUGCCGGACCCCUCCUUCCAGUCCCAUUGUACCUCGCUAGGGAACUAACAGCGCGGCUUCGAGGUGUAUUGUGCAUGAACUGUUUUUAUCGUGUUUGUCUUGAUCAGCAAAGCAAGAGGAAUUCCACCUCCUCAGACAGGACACGACUGCGCUGAUGUAAGUGAGGCCCUUCACGUGUGCAACAUACUGCAGAAAUAAAGGAGAAAGCUCCAUGUCUGAC